CCGUCAAACAAAGAAAAACUCCAGUACAUCGACCCAGCUGCAUGGACAAACCUUUGAAAAGGCUGUCCCCUCUCUCUCAGUUCACUACAUAGCAUACCUAUUCAGUCUCCAUGAGCUCUCUGCUGUUCAAGCAGUGCUAACAAGUAUCGCCAUGGCGGCAACCAACCAACUGCUUGUACACCUGCUCCUGCAGCUGCUCUUGAUCUGCUUCCUCCUCCUCUCGAUCCAAACCUCCGCCGCCGGUGGUUUCACUGACAAGCUCGAGUGGGGCCAGAACCUCACCGACGGCCAGACGCUCGUCUCGCCCGGCGGCUCCUACACUCUGGGGUUCUUCUCUCCCGGGGCGUCCACCAAGAGGUACCUCGGCAUAUGGUUCUCCGUAUCCAACACCACCGUCUACUGGGUCGCCAACCGCGAUAAGCCUCUGCCUGACAAGUCCGGCAUGCUGGUGUUCAAUGACGUCGACAGCCUCGUCCUGCUCGACGGCUCUGGCCGGACGGCGUGGUCUUCAAACUUCCUGGCCGCCUCCGCCGCGGCGGUCUGGCUUCUCGAGUCCGGCAACCUGGUCGUGCGCAACGGCAGUAGCGACAUCUCCCUGUGGCAGUCGUUCGACCAGCCGUCGGACACCUUGCUGCCCGGCAUGAAGCUGGGCAAGAACCUGUGGACCGGAGGCGAGUGGCAGCUCACGGCGUGGAGCUCCCCCGACGACCCGUCGCCGGGGGACUACCGCCGCACGCUGGAAACGGCCGGGCUGCCGGAGCUGGUGGUGUGGCAGCGCGGCGUCAAGAAGUACCGCACGGGCCCGUGGAACGGGCGAUACUUCAGCGGCGUCCCGGAGGUGUCGUGGUACGCGAACAAGUACACGCUGUGGGUGACGAAGAGCCCCUCGGAGAUGACCUACGGGUACACCGCCGCGCCCCGCACGUCCCUUACCCGCGUCGUGUUGAACUACACCGCCGGCGGGGUGGAGCGGCUGGUGUGGGACGCGGGCACCGGGGAGUGGGUCUCCUACUUCAAGGGGCCGAGGGACCCCUGCGAUGCCUACGCGAGCUGCGGGCCGUUCGGCCUCUGCGACGCCGGGGCGGCGUCGUCGGGGUUCUGCGGCUGCGUCGAGGGGUUCAGCACUGUUGUCUCGGCGUCGCCGUCCGCGCAAGAGGUGAGAGAUAGCGCGGACGGCUGCCGGCGAAACGCGGCACUGGACUGUGACGGCGGGAAGACGACCGACGGCUUCAAGGUGGUGCCUGGGGUGAAGCUACCCGACACGCAGAAUGCGUCGGUGGACAUGGGCGUCGAGCUGGAGGAGUGCAGGGAGAGGUGCUUCGCAGACUGCUCGUGCUUGGCCUACGCCGCCGCGGAUAUCCGAGGAGGCGGCGACGGUACCGGCUGCGUCAUUUGGAAGGAUGCCAUCCUUGAUCUUCGUUUCGUCGACGGCGGGCAGAAUCUCUACCUGCGGUUGUCAAAAUCGGAAUUUGAUGACUCUAAGGGGUUCCCUACACUACUUGUUGCCACCCCUAUAGCUUCUGCUUUUACGAUUCUUCUGGUACUCUUUGUGGUUUGGUGGAGAAGGAAGCGGCGAGUCGUUGGUGUUAUUCCUCAUAAUCCUGCCAUGGCUGUUCCUUCAAUUAGUCUAGCUAUUAUAAAGGAUAUCACUAUAAAUUUCUCUGAUGGCAAUAUGAUCGGCCAGGGUGGAUUUAGCGUUGUUUACAAGGGGAAGCUGCCGGGAGGAAGAACGGUUGCUGUCAAGAGGCUUAAACAGUCUGCGCUGACCACAAAAGGCAAGACAGAUUUCGUGAGAGAAGUUGAAGUCAUGGCUGGGCUCCGGCAUGGCAGUCUUGUUCGUCUCCUUGCUUACUGCAACGAAGGCAAGGAGCGGAUACUGAUCUACGAAUACAUGCAGAACAAGAGCCUGAACGCCUACAUAUUCGGUGCGGCCAAACUUCGUGCGUCACUGAACUGGGAAAAAAGACUAAAAUUAUUACACGGUAUAGCGCAUGGAAUUGCGUACCUACACGGAGGAUCAGGCGAGAGUGUGAUCCACCGUGACCUCAAGCCUGGAAACAUUCUUCUAGAUGACGAGUGGAAUCCUAAGAUCGCCGACUUUGGCACUGCCAAGCUAUUCGCCGCGAUCGAUCAGGCGGGUCCUGAUCAAACAAUUGUGAUUUCACCGGGGUAUGCAGCUCCGGAGUAUGCACGGGGAGGGGAGAUGACCCUGAAGUGCGAUGUCUAUAGUUUCGGAAUUAUCCUCCUGGAGACACUCAGCGGGGAAAGAAACGGUGCCUUGCACAGGCUCCUUUCGCAUGCCUGGGGAUUGUGGGAGGAGAACCGGAUCGUGGAGCUUCUUGACACGACAAUGGUGCCACUUCCUGAAUCUGAGACAGAGCUAUUGUCCGAGCUAAAACGGUGCAUACAAAUAGGGCUCCUCUGCGUCCAAGAGACGCCCGGCGACAGGCCAGCCAUGUCGGCAGUUGUGUCCAUGUUAACGAGCACGACGUCCCAUAUUGACUGGCCCAGAAGGCAGGUGGAUAGCAGAGAAGCCGUGGAUUCAAAUUCGUCUCGUGGGCUUAGGACCGAUCUCUUGAGCUCUACUACAACUGAUCUGACGUAAACAGCAUGUGUCGACCGGUCGAGCUUGUCCAACUGUUGUUGCCUGGCGAUCACUUCAAUUUAUUGGUAGGAAUUGACGAAUUGUCCCCUACAAUGUUUUCGGGGUGAAGUGUGGAGUAAAUCUCUAUACUUUCUUACUAUUUUGCACACUGCGGUGAUUGUCCCCGGUGGCUUGCAUUGGUAUUUUACUAAUUGUCAGUUCUCGACUAUCAUAGUUUACCUCACUUACAGUAAAAAUUCAUUAAUUAGAUAGUGAGCAACAUGUAAAUACAAUCUUAGUUUCUUUUGAGAAGGGUAACACCCGGUUUCUGCAUCAAACGAUGCAAACAAGCUGUAUCUUUUGUU